GCCAGCCCGGCGGGCCGCGGCCGGUGCCGGCGUUAGGACCCCGCCUGCGCGGUGCCAGCGCAGAUUCCAGGCUGGCUCCCGGGCGUGACGUCAGGCGCGGGCCCGCCUGGCUCCCGGCCCGCCCCGGCCCCUCGCGCUCGGGAAAAUGCUGCUCUCGGUGCAGCCGCGCUCCGGCCUCCCCGCCUUCGCCUACAACAAGAGCGGCAAGAAGCCCUAUGUGCCACCGGCGCAGCCGCUGGGCCCCCCCAGCCCCAGCCCCGCCGGGGGGGCCGCGGACCAGCUCAGCAAGACCAACCUCUACAUCCGGGGGCUGCACCCCAGCACCACGGACCAGGACCUCGUCAAGCUCUGCCAGCCCUAUGGGAAGAUCGUCUCCACCAAAGCCAUCCUGGACAAGACAACCAACAAAUGCAAAGGCUACGGCUUCGUCGACUUCGACAGCCCCAUGGCAGCCCAGAAGGCUGUGACAGCGCUCAAGGCCAGCGGGGUGCAGGCGCAGAUGGCCAAGCAACAGGAGCAGGACCCCACCAACCUCUACAUCUCGAACCUGCCGCUGGGGGUGGACGAGCAGGAGCUGGAGGCGCUGCUGAAGCCCUUUGGGCAGGUGGUCUCGACCCGGAUCCUGCGGGACCCCCACGGGGCCAGCCGUGGUGUGGGCUUCGCACGGAUGGAGUCCACGGAGAAGUGUGAGGCUGUCAUCACCCACUUCAAUGGGAAGUACAUCAAGAUGCCCCCGGGGGCGCCAGCCCCCCCGGACCCGCUGCUCUGCAAGUUUGCGGACGGGGGGCAGAAGAAGCGGCAGAGCCAGGGCAAGUUUGUGCCCAACGGGAGAGCCUGGGCCCGGGACAGCGACGCGGGCACUGUGACCUUGGCCUAUGACCCUGCGACGGCGCUGCAGAACGGGUGGGUGCCCUGGGCCCCCCCAGGCCCCAGCGGGGCGGGGGCUGCCGGCCGCGCCCCCCCCGCCCCUGACCCCCCGCCCUACAGGUUCUACCCGGCGCCCUACGGCCUGGCCCCCAGCCGGAUGAUCGCCCCCACGGCCCUGGCCCCCUACCUGCCCUCCCCCGUCUCCUCCUACCAGGUCCACGGCCCCGCCUGGAUGCACCAGUCCUACCUCGUGCAGCCCACGGGCGCGGUGCUGGCCCCUGCUGUGGACCACGCCGUCCCCCUCCAGCCCUCCGUGGUGGCCCCCCUGGCCCAGCAGCUCGGCCACCUCUCGCUGGGAAGUGCUGGCACGUACGUGCCUGCUGCCACCGCUGUCCCCGGAGCCUUCAUCCCGCCGUACCCGCCGGUGCCGCCCGCCCUCCCGCUGGAGGACGGCAGCGCCGCCCCGAGCCACGGCCCCAUUGAGUCGCCAUCCGAGCCCGGCGCCUUCCCCUACCCCUACCCCAAGUAGCGGUGGGGGGGGGCUGGCCCGAGGGACCCUGUGCCCGCCAGCUGCUGGGGAGGGGCUGUGCCGGGACCCCUGCCCGGCACUGCCCCUCCCCCCUCCCCCCCCCCAUUGCCACCGUCGCCUCGGGAAGGACCCGCACCCCAGCCGGGGUCCCUGAGCCUGGGGAGGGGGGGGUGGGGGUCCCCGUGUCAGGGGUCCUGCUGCUCCCAUGGUGUCUUGCUGCCCCCUGUCCAGGCAGGCCCCUCCCCCACCCGCCCCGGAGGGCUUUUUUCUCCUCCUGCAUUUUGUAAAAAACUAAAAGGAAAAAAAAAAAAGGAAAAUAUGACAAACGCCGCCCCUGGGGGGGGGGCUGGGAGUGCCCAGCCACCCCCCCUCCUCGUGCUUCCAGGGCCCGUGGCCCCCGCCAGCCCCUCCCCCAGCCACGGUGCCCCCCGUGCCUUCUGCUGCCCGGUCCGGCCGGUGCCCCCGGGUCGGGGACUGGGGGCGGGGGGGUGGUGGUGGAUCCCCCCCCCACCCCGUGGGGAUCCAGUCUCUGGGCACCAGCCCCCCCCGCAGGGCCGGGGGUGCUGUGCCCCUCCCCGCCCCCGCAGCCAUUCCUGCCCCCGUGGGUAUGGGCCGGGGCUCUGCAUGCUGCCCCCCGCCCCGGCCUGGGAGGGGGCAGGACAAGUGCAAUAACCCCCCCGCCACCCCCCCCCCCACCCCGCCCCCCACGGGCACCCCGAGGGUCGACCAGGCACUUUAGCAUCCCCCUGCCCAGGGCUGCGGUGGCCCCAGUCCCCGUGUGCCCCCCCCCCCCCCCCACGCAGUGACAAUCAGGGGGUCCCGCAGGGGCGGCUCUUGCAACCAAAGAUUGAGGGAGUCGUGGGGCGGGGAGGGGCGCUGAGCUGCCCCGGCCCCCCGGCUUUGCGACCCCUGCGCCGUGGGUCUGUCUGUCCGUCCUUCCGUCCCACCCUGUGGGGGGCGGGGGGGAGCCAUCCCCCACUUGCUUCCAGCUCUGGGGCCAGCUGUGCCCCCCCCCCAGCCCCCAGCUCUGCCCAGGGCCUCCCGGUUCUUCCAGCUCCUGCCGUGCAGUGGAGUCCCCAGCCCUGCCAUGGGGUAGUGGGGCCCCCCCGGUUUCCCCAUGGGGCCGAGGGCCCCCCCCCCGCGGGGCAGUGGGGACCCCCCCCACACCACACAUCUACCUCACCCCACAGCUCGGUGUGUGCCCAGCCCAGGCCUGGGGGGUCGGGGGGCUGCAGCCCUUCGCCCCUGGCCUGGGGUGACGCCACCACCCCGGUUUCCAGCCAUCACCCACCUCUCCCGUUGCUGCUACUGCCCGGCCCCCCACACCACCACCCCCGGCCCCACCCCCGGGCACAGCCCCUUUGGUUGGGGGGCAUGGCCCCCCCCCGAGGAAGGAACCAAAGAGGGAGACCUGCAGAUGGCCCCCUUGGGGGCCGGUGGGCGCUGGGAGCCCCUGUGCUGAGCCCCCACCCCACUGUGCGGGGGGGGGGGCUGAGCACUGGGGCCCUGCCUGCCCUGGGGGGGCCUGAGCUGAAGAGGCAAAGCCGUGGCCCCCUCCUGUCCCCCCCUUUAAUUUAUACGUAGCGCAUUUUGUACAGGUUUUUAAGUUGCUUUUUUUUAAAAUCUCGAGAGGUUUCUAGUUUUGUAUUUCUUCUUCCUGCUUCCGCGCUCAGCCCCCCCCCCCCCCCCCGACAGCUCCCCCCACUUCGAGGUUGGUUUUUUUUUGUUUUUAAAUAAAAAGGCAAGAAAAGCAAAUGCCUCUGUCUUGGGGCGGGGGGGAGGGGAAUCCUCACAGCCCCCCACUGCUCAGGGUCCCCCAAAGCAUCCCCCCCCCCAGCUCAGGGCUCCUUGCAGCCCCUGCCUCACCCCGCCCCCCCCCCCGCCCCUCCCCAGCCUCCCGCUCCCACAGAGGGCUCGGACCAGCGUGUGUCUAUCAAACGUGAGUUGUUUAUUCUCGUACGCGACACGCAGGGUCCUACAGCUUGUGGGGACAUCAACAGGCAACGGAGAGGAGGGCUAGAGUCCGCCUUUCCUCCUUUAAACCUUAUUAAAAAUGAGAUUGGUCCUAAAAAUAUAGAAAGAAAUAAAUUUAAAUUCACAAAACCUGUACAUUAUCAAAAAGUCACUAAAACGACACGGCUGGUUAUAGAAAAGGCGGCCGGCGGGCUGGAAGGGGCCGCAGCCGGGGGGGGCUCGAUGCUCCCGGUGGUGCCGCAGCCCCCCCGGCCAGGGGGGCACCGAGGCUGGGCGGGGGGGGGCAAAGAGAACGGCCCCCUGCCCUGGUGGGGGCUGCGGGGGGGGCGGGUGCCGGCCAUGGGGAGGGCCUUUGGGGGUGCAGGGGUAGAGGGGUGUCAAACCAGGGCGGGGCCGGGUGUGUGUGGGGGGAACUUCAACUGAACGAACACGAGAACGAUACGGAGACUCCCAAAAAACUUUCCCACGACGGAAAAAAACCUGACGGAUCUGAAACAUUACUAAAAAACAAACCACAAAAAAAGUUUGUUACAGCGCAGUUAUUUAGAUAAAAUAUAAAUAUUUAUGCGUAAUAUAAAGUCAGUUCAAAUAGACUUCAAAUCCACCUCUUAUUUCAAAGCAAAAAAAUAAAAUAAAAUAAAAAGUUUCUGAGGUUAUUUGAUAGAAAAAAGGCUACUUUGAGAGACGGGGGGGGGGCGGGGGGCGCGGCCGGGGCCCCUCCUGCCCAGGUAGGUGAGUUGUUUUCAGUGCUCUGUGGGGCCGGGGGGGACGUGCCCGGGGCCCCCCCGCAGCCCCGCAAGCCGCCGAACCCCCCAGAGCGAGUACCCGUAAUAUCCUGGCCGGGGGGGCUGGGGGGCCCCGGCCCCUCCCUGACCGCCCACUGCGAGGGGGGGAACCCAGGGGAAGGGGAGGGACCCCCGUGCCCACUCAGGCCCCUGCCAGCCGGGGGGGGCCCCCUCCCCACCCGGUACAACCCCCCUGACCCUGCAGGGGUCUGGGGGAAAAACACCCACCUGAGGCUUCAAGUCCAUGUUGGGGGGGGUGGGGUGGGGGGGCGAGGGGCCGGGGCCCCCCCGGGGCCUGCAGUAGCAUCCCUGAGGGAUCCCAGUCGGGGGCGUGGGGGCGGCCAGGACCCCGGCACAGCCCCGGGGGUCCUCGUGCCAUGGGGAGGGGGGGGCCGGGCUCUUCCUGAGACGUGGAGGCAGGGAAAGGGGCUGCCGGGGCCCCCCCGCCCUCCCCAGUAUGGUCCCUGGAGCCAGGUGGGGAGGGGCCGGCGCCUGCCCCGGCCGUGGGCAGGGGGUCCGAGGGCAGCAGGGGCUGCACCGAGGGCCCCCCCUCCCCGUAAAGUGUCUGCGCGGGCGGGGGGGGUCCCGGCCGGGGCGGGGGCGGCGAGGCGGGGGGGUCUAAGUCCACUUUACUGGCCGUUAAUGCAUGUAGACGCUGCACAGGAGUGCUCGGACACAUUCACUACGAACUAUUGCUAUUAUUAAAUAUUCCCAGCGGGGAGGAUUCGCUUCUGUUUGUUGGGGGGGGGGGGGGGGGGGGGGGGGAGCGGGGGGGGCUG